GGAGCGACUCCCAGCGCCCGGGAGCGCCGCCCAUCGCACCCAUGGCGGCCCGGCGGGGUGCGGACGAGAUGCGGGACCGCGUGGUGCUGGGCGAGUUCGGCGUCCGCAACGUCCACACCACCGACUUCCCCGGCAACUACCCCGGCUACGAGGACGCCUGGGACCAGCGGCGCUUCGAGGAGGCGUUCCGCGUGGACGUGAUCCGUGAGGAAGAGGACACCCUGGAGUUCGACAUGGUGGGCAUCGACGCCGCUGUCGCCAAUGCCUUCCGCCGCAUCCUGCUCGCCGAGGUGCCAACGAUGGCCGUAGAGAAGGUCUUUGUGUACAACAACACAUCCAUUGUGCAGGAUGAAAUUCUGGCUCAUCGGUUGGGCCUCAUCCCUAUCCGAGCUGACCCUCGUCUCUUUGAGUACAGAAACCAAGGAGAUCAAGAAGGCACAGAAAUUGAUACUCUGCAGUUUCAGCUGAAAAUCAAGUGCAAACGGAACCCUCAGGCUGCCAAGGAAUCAUCUGAUCCUGAUGAACUAUAUUUCAAUCACAAAGUGUACAGUAAACACAUGACAUGGGUGCCCUUGGGGAAUCAGACAGACCUUUUUCCAGAUGCUGACUUCCGACCUGUUCACGAUGACAUCCUCAUUGCACUGUUGCGACCUGGACAGGAAAUAGAUGUGCUUAUGCACUGUGUCAAGGGCAUAGGUAAGGAUCAUGCCAAGUUUUCUCCUGUGGCCACAGCCAGCUAUCGACUGCUUCCUGACAUUACUCUUCUGCAGCCUGUUGAGGAUGAGGCAGCUGAGAUGUUGCAGAAGUGCUUUUCCCCUGGAGUCAUUGAGAUCCAGAAUAUCAAUGGAAAAAAGGUGGCGAGAGUAGCCAAUGCACGGUUGGACACAUUCAGCAGAGAAGUUUUCCGUCACGAGGGUCUGAAAAACCUUGUGCGCCUGGCAAGAGUGCGGAACCAUUACAUCUUUUCAGUGGAGUCAACGGGUAUCUUGCCUCCAGAUGUGCUGGUGAGCGAAGCCAUCAAGAUCCUGAUGGGAAAGUGUCAGCGCUUCCUCAAUGAGCUGGACUCUGUGCCUAUGGAGUGACCAGGCUGUAGCUGGGAAAGCAGAUGCCUGCACUGCUGUUCUGGGCUUCCUAUACCUGCAUGGAAGGGGGAUUCCUCUUCCAUAGGCAGGAGGCUUGACAGGGGCUUGCCAAGAGUCCAAGGACCAUCUCUUCGGAUUUUUCUGUUGGUAAUGAGCCUCAGUGAGGAGAUGCACUAAAAUAAAGGCUUUUUUUUUAAAGCUG